AGUAAAGGUCUGUUGAAGAAACGUGACUUAUUUGCACCAGAACCGAUAAUUUAUCCAUUUGAUGCUGAGUUACGUCGUAUUACAAGACUUUUCUUGGAUACAAUGGUCGUCGUGUUGAUCCUUUUGCUUCUGUGCACCACGUCUUUGGCUUGGAAUCCUACCAUGUGUUCGAGAAAUUACUUAAGCGAUAAACCACUCCGAUGCUAUGCUUGCAAGAGUGAGGACGCUUUUAUAAGGCACGAUUCGAGCGAUUCGGAAAUUUAUUCUUGCGAGAGCAACCUCGGAUUUGUUACAACAUGCGAUGUUGGUGAGGCCUGCGAAACUACUUUCAAACGAGAUAAAGUUUUCUACCGCGGAUGUCACAUGCCAUCUCUAUCUCGCUUGCGUAAUAAUAAUGAGACCCAGCAGAACUAUCUUAUGGAUCGACGUAAAAAGGAAUUUGCCGAUGACAUCAACUCUGCUGAAAUUUUUGCGUGCGUGGAGGAGAGAAACGUGUUGGAGAAGCACGUCGUCAUUUUGCAUUGUCCAUGCACUUGCGACUUAUGCAAUGAUUUCACGGGCAAGUUGUAUUAUGCAGUGUCCACCGGGAUUAGCAUGCAGUGUUUCGCGUCCGUUAUUGUACCGAUUGCAAUGGCUUAUGGCUUUCUUCAUCUUGACCAUCUUUGACCUGGACGAGUGUUGAAAUUACAUUUUAAGCUUCAGUUUCUCUCUUCUCAGCAGAUGCGUCGUUUUUUCUCAAGCGCUAAUUUUGGGUUUGGAUUACAUAACUUCAGGCCAUUUCGCUGAACGAGCCUGCUGCUUAUAUGCUGUUUCUGUCUGAUCAAAUUUUAUUGCAAAUAUAUGAUGUGUAAUGUGCUGCUGCUGUAUUUGUGAAAAAAUGCUGAAGAAAGAAAUUCGGACCUGAACCAUCUGCACUGGAAUUAAUUGUCUUAUCUGCCUUCGAAUACAAUAUUAAAACAGUCGUAUAUAUUAGACAGUUCAGAAAAUGUUAUCAAUUAAUGCAC